UCUGCUACAGGAGCUCGUGAACAAGCAAGAAAACCCACAACGACCCUUUGAUCAAAUUAUCAAGAGUAAGGAAGUUUUCUGUUUCAUCUCAGUUGAAACUUCAUUUUUGACAAGAAAUCUGGAAUACCUUUUGAUUUAGACUGUUUAUUCUGUGUUGGUGUAAAAUCGUUUUGCUUAGUAAGCAUUUGCUGGGUUUCCCUCCCCCCCUCCAAAUCUUAAGCUAGGACACACUCCAACGCUGUGAUGUCGCCAACUCUUCUGGCUCUUUGCUUGCUGGCAUGCUUCCUCUCUGGCAGAGAUGCUUAUCCAGUCAAGCCUGACAAUCCCCGGGAAGGAGCUCCACCUGAGGAGCUUGCCAAGUAUUACUCUGCACUGAGACAUUAUAUCAAUCUCAUUACAAGACAGAGGUAUGGAAAAAGAGACAACCCAGACACGUUAUUUUCUGACCUGUUUGUGAAAGAGAGCGCAGAAACUCUUCCAGGAUCCAACUAUAUACGAUACGAAGGGCUCCCGGGGUGGUGAUUCUGCCUGCUUUGUGACGUCCAGAAGAUGGUACAUUAUGUCUCUUACCAAUGUGGAAGAAACUCGU